AUGGCGGGCACGAGCCUCCCGCAGAUUGCCCAUCCGUUGCUCCACGUCGACGUUGACCUCCUAGCGCGCACCUUGCAGAGCGACAGCGCCAAGCCUGCGCCGAGCCGUCGCCCACCGUCGCUCGCCGAGCACACGGCGCGAACGCAGCUCGAAAGCAUUGUCGCGCAUGUGGAGCAGGUCGCGGCCGACGGUGGCGACACCAAGCGCGCGCGGAACCUCAUUGCGUCAUUGUGCUCGAUCGUCUUGACGCAGUGGAGAGACGAUGCCAAGCCGCGCAAGACAGAGCACCCUCGACGCGUCGAGCUCCUCUUCACAUGGCUCUAUCGCUUGGAUGGGUCCAGCGUGCUACACUGCGUCCACCGACUGCUGCAGAGCAACGACAAGAUGGUGCUCCUUCGUGUCUACUGGAUGCUGCGGGCGUGCACCAAGGCGCUGCUUCUGGCCAACGUGACGGCGGACGCCGUGGCCGGCUGGAACGCGCUGCUCGACGCCGCCGUCCGUGACGCCGCCACGUACACGAUCACGCAAGACAAUGGUAAAGCACCCACGAAGCUCAGCGUCGCUGCCGCCGACGCCGGUCUCUACGUCGCACAUGUCCUCGCGCUCGAGCCGCUCGACGCGGGCGAUUUCCGAGCGUUGACGUGUGCGCUGUUGCGCGAAGUCAGCUCGUGGUACGCGCGCAAGCCUGCCCGGAGCCUCUGGGUGGCUGGUAUCUCGGCUCUUUUGUCUAUCGAGAUGGACGCCGCGUUUGCAUACGAGUACCACCACUCGAGUCUCCUUCUACAAUCGACGGCGGCACCAACCCACGAGAGCGUGCUGCGAGGUCUUUCUCAUCUCCAGAACGCGCGUUGGGGAGCGACCGCCCUGCGCAACUUGGCGUUGGUGCUCGGGCGACAGAAAACAGCCCUACCCCUACCGACGGCACAGGAGCUUGUGCACGCCGUCUCGACGUACAUCGAGCCCGAUCCCAAGGCGCUCGGCUGGGCGCUCGUCGAACGCGUUUUGCAGCAACCAGGCUGGGACGAAGCGGCUCGGGCAGCGCUACUCUCGCCGCUCGUGAGCCGCGGCGUGGCAUCGCCCGCGCUUCGCCCUUCCAUUGCUCGGCGACUCGUCGACUGCAAUGACUCGCUGACGCCCCUGCUCGACGUCAUUCGAGAUGCAUCGACGCCACUGGGAACGCUGCAGCAAUGCCUUGGGCUUGUACACUGCGUCGUGCAGCAAACGGGCGAGUCGCGUCCAAAGUGGUUCGCGCCGCUCUCGGCUGCGAUUCUCGAAGUGUAUUUUCACCACCCGGCGCAAGCCAUGCGCGACAAGUGCCUAUGGCUGCUGCCGCGCCUCGAUCUCCCGACCGAGCUUUUGAACCUCACCAAGGCGCUCAGCCGCCUCGAGACUUUGUCGCCGGCCGACAAGGCGGCGCAGACAACCACGCUACUGGGCUUGCUUCCACCGUGGCUGCGAAACCACGUGCCGCUCUCUGCGACGCGCAUGGUGACGGACCAAGCGGUGACGCAUUUCUUGGCGGACGCCACGGACGGUGUCUCGCUCCACGCGCUUCGGCUCGUGCAUGACGCAUGGCCGUCAUCGUUUCCUGGCAGCUUUCGUCGCCUCGUCCAGCAGAUCCUUACCAACGCGCGCGCCGGACGACCCGACCUUCCCAACCGUCCUGCGACCCGCUCUCUCCAUGUGCUGCAAACACACCUCGUCCAAAGCCUCUGCAACGACGCGGUGUCGUCGACGAUCCUGCGCGUGCUAAGUGACCUCGUGGCCAAGCUGCCGCCAGCGACUGUUGUGCCGGACCUUUUGGCGCGCUUGCCGCAUCCGUCGGUGCGGCCGGUCGUUUCGGACAAGGCCGUCGGCGUCCUCAUCUACACGCUGGCGUACCUCGUGGCCCAUCGCAUGGCGACCUUUGCGCAGUGGGGCGCUCCGGUGAUGGCCUACUUGGGCAUCGCGCUCUCGGUGCAAGCCCCGGCGAACGACGUGGCGCGCCACGACCGGAUCUUUUGCGGCCUCGCCGAGAUCCCGCUGGCGCUUCUGCACACGGCCGUGACGACGGGGGAUCUGGCUUGGAUCUACUAUUUUCAAGACGCUGUCGUCGCAGGUGCGUGGCACCGCCCGGACGCCAUGUACCCUGCGUGCACACGCGUAUGCCGUCAAGAGACUGCCAUCGGCAUGCCCUUUCGCGUCCAUCUGAGCAUCAUCUUGCUGCGACUGAUUCAAAACACACCAAAGUUGCCGCGUCGUAUCGUCGAUGCGGUCGUGCAGUCGCUUGCGGACGCGUUUCCCGGCACGACGCAAAGUGCCCGCGACAACAUUGACGGUGUGAGUCUAUCGCUCGAGAUUGUUGCCCAAUUGAUCAUGGUCAAAGCCGUCGAAGAGGCUAGCGACGCGACGACGCGCCUCGUGGGUGCUAUGGUCGACGUCCUGACGAUCCAAGACUUGAGCGACAAGAUGACGCUGGAGGUGCUCGAGACGCUCUCACUUGUGCUGUCUGCCGCGCCUGCGAUCGCUGCCGUGGCACCGCUGCCUUCUAUCAUGCUGCGACAAUGUACUGCGAGUUUGGCCAGCACGACAGACGAGUCGAUUGCAAGCCUCUGUCGUGCGCUCAUCGCGCACCUCGAGGCGCAGCGUGGCACGUCCUCGUAG